AUGAACAUCGCCGUUGGCUCGGCAAACGGGCAAUGGAGCCAGCCUUAUAGCUACGGCAGCCAUAUCUCGCAAUGGUUUGGUAGUGGUUCCCUUGACAUCAUCAACUUGACUUCGAGCAACCAAGUUCCAACACCAACAUUACCGACCCCUUCGUCCACCACUCUUCAGCAUCCAGGACACACGGUUUCGACUGCCCAGCAUGGAAGUAGCCAAGCUACGGCCGCUCCAGCAACAGGCGCCGUUGCGCGUUCGCUCAUAAGCUUCAAUGAGCCGCCGCCAGUUCACCUUUUCGCGCAGGACCCGGACAAGAUUCGUGGGAGUAGGCUACUCAAUCUGGCUCGCGUCUACAGCAAUCAGCAGAUAAGGCUGCUGAGCAAUCCCGGUCUCGUUGCGAGGAACCUACGAGAGCUGCAAGACAAUACGGUAACGCGACGACUGACGUUAGCCAUCGAGUCGCAUGCCCGCAAGAGAGGCAUCGACAAGGCUCUGGUCAGGAAGUGGCUCGACGGCGAGCGGGCCGCAAACGAGGUUGCCCGCAACCAGAAUAGAGUUACGCAGGCUACGAGGCGGCGGACCCUACGGGCGAAGCAAGUGCGACAGUUCACAUCGACACCCAGCGGCCUGCCGAGCACUCCUCAACACUGCCAUCCGACAACUCGGCAAAUUGUCACGUCAGUGCCACGUGAGAGCACGCCACAAAGCGGAACGAACAGCACACCGGAAAGCACGCUAGGGGAUAUCUCGGAUGGCACAGCGGAUGAUACACUGGAGCGCACGCCAGAGAGCUCGGCAGUGGUCGAGCCAGACAACAACGUCCUCGACCAGAUCGAGUACGUUGACGAAGACAAGGAAGUGUUGACGGAGCUUUUCCCGUUCUUGAUUGGUAGUUGA